CGAGAUUCCAGUUUGGAUGGUUACAACUUACAAUACGAGAAGCAGCCCACCAGCAAGAAAGGAGGGAAAGCUUGAUGCUGCAGCAUUAGGGCAAAAAAAUGGCGGGGGCCGGAGCAGGGGCAGUAGCAGCAUCCUGCAUUUUUUGCGACAUUGCGCGCAAAUCAACGUCCACUACUCUUCUCCACGCCGAUGACAAGGUUGUUGCAUUUCAGGACAUCAGUCCAUCAGCUUUCAGGCAUUACUUGGUUAUUCCUGUGGAGCACAUUCCUACUGUUAAAGAUCUCCAUAGAAAAGUUGAAGAUUACUCUAUUGUGAGUCAUAUGUUAGAUGUGGGGAAGAUGUUAUUACUUAGAGAUGCACCUCAGGCCAAGCAGCACAGAUUUGGCUUUCAUCAGCCUCCACUGAACUCUGUUAACCACCUACAUCUCCAUUGUUUGGCGCUACCCUAUACUCCCAGAUGGAGGUGCAUGAAAUACUUGUCAUUGGGAUCGCUUGGUUUUAUUGAAGCAGACAAGCUGCUGGAGAAGAUAAGGCCUGUGGUCACUGUUCCCUGAAACGUGUAGCUGUCUUGCAAUUACUGGUUAAACCUGGCUUUCCAUCGUUUUACAAAGAUGCUUGAUACUUCAUUCAGACAUAGCUGACGAAUAAUUUAUGUGGUUGAAGUUAUACUGAAGAUUCUGUAGAUAAUGGUACCGUAUAAUAUUCAUCCUCCGUGCGGAGCAGAAUCGAUAAUAAGAUACUUGUUUGUCAUAUAUCGUGUACAUGGAAUGCCCUGGCCUGUAGAAACAGAAAAGUUACUGAUGUAUUAUUAAAGUAUUCAGCUUGACAUUACUGCCCGAAAUUGAAAAAUUAAGCAUACUUUGGUGGUGCUAGUUAGCCUAUUUUGCUGCCAUAA